AUGACCGGGCCGCCGUCCUCUUCCUACCCCGGCCAGGUCCCGCCGCCAGCCGCCGUGAUUUCGCCGGAAAACGAGGAGAAAAGCUCCGGUUUUGACAGGAACUUCGCCGGCUUCGUUCUCCGUCGUCCGGCCAUCGAUUCCAGCAAGUGA